AUGCAGAGACACACAGGCAGCCUGCUCAAAACACACCUCCGCUCCUUCUCCACCAGUCGUCCUCAUCAGAAACUCUCCGAUGUCGUGUUUCUUGCUGCAAAACGCACACCUGUUGCUAAAAUGAAUGGUGCCUUGAAAUCCAAGACUGCCGUUGAAUUAGGGACGAUUGCGGUGAAGGCUGCGUUAGCUGCUUCUGGCUUAAAGCCUGAAGCUGUGGAAGAGGUGUUUAUGGGACAAGUGAUUCAAGCGAAUGCUGGACAGUCACCUGCACGACAAGUGGUAUUGGGUGCAGGCAUGCCAACGAGCACGGAAGCCAGCACCAUCAAUAAAGUGUGUGCGUCCGGUAUGAAGAGUAUCAUGCUCGCUGCACAAUCCAUCUCGCAUGGCGAUCGGCAAGUCAUGAUUGCGGGAGGUAUGGAGAGUAUGUCAAAUGCACCAUUUUAUAUGCCUCGACACUUGACGUUUGGUCAUGUUACGGCAAAUGAUUCGAUUGUCAAGGAUGGUCUUUGGGAUGUCUACAAUAACUUUGCUAUGGGAUUGUGUGGAGAACACUGUGCAGAGACGUACAACAUCUCACGAGAGGAACAAGAUGCCUUUGCGAUUGAAUCAUACAAACGUGCCGUCGCAGCGUGGGAUGCGGGCAAGUUCAAGGAUGAAGUGGUCGCUGUUGAGUUGGGUGGUCGAAAGGGCGGUGUGGUGACGGAGGAUGAAGAACCACGCUCCCUCAAGCUCGACAAGAUUCCAACCUUGCGACCUGUCUUUAAGCGUGAAGGCGGAACGGUGACUGCAGCGAAUGCAUCACCUUUAAACGACGGCGCGUCUGCUGUGGUUCUUGCACACAAAUCUGUUGCUGAAGCACAAGGCCUGACACCCAUGGCACGCAUGGUUGGAUAUGCCGAUGCUGCACUCAAACCCAUUGACUUCACAGUGGCUCCCGCAGAAGCCAUCAAAAAAGUCCUUGCCAAGACAGGACUAGCGGUGAAGGAUAUCGCUGCUUGGGAACUGAAUGAAGCGUUUGCCGUGGUAGGCAUUGUCAAUACAAAACUGCUACAACUCGACCCUGCAAAAGUCAAUGUGAAUGGUGGUGCCGUUGCGCUGGGACACCCCAUUGGCUCAAGUGGUAGCCGGAUUGUGGUGUCGUUGCUGCAUGCGCUGAAGCAAGGUGAGUAUGGGUGUGCGGCGGUGUGCAAUGGCGGUGGCGGCUCUUCGGCGAUCAUUGUGCAGAAGAUGUAG